AUGUCUAACAAAAAUAUUGAGAAAUUUAAAAAUUUCGACUUUAGUUUCGCUGAACGCUUUUUGAAAACUAAGUCGUGGACAAGAAGGUAUAAAUUUUUUGUUGAACAUUAUAUUCAUGAUGUGAAUACGAAAGACUACAUUGUCCAGGGCAAAUGUUACAGAAGCAUGAAAAAAAAUGCAAAACCUCAUACGCUUCAUUUAAGUUUUGCAGCAAAUAAUGAAUCUUUAGAAGUUGUGGAAGCUCAUUGUAGCUGUGAAGCUGGAAAUGGUAAUCACAUAUCAGAAGAUGUAUCAGCAACUUCUCGGCCAUGUGAAUGGAACAAACCUCGUGGAGUGACAAUACAAGCAGAGAAAGUAGAUACUGUUGUGUUCUACAAACCAACAAAGCUAGAACGCAAAAAACCUCCGGUUAAAUGUACUCUACGAAAUCCCAUAAGAAAUAGCUGCUUGUAUCGCGUAGAAGAUGACGGUGUGCUAAAGCUUAAAGCUGAACUGAAAAAAAUAAAUGGAAAAAUUCCUAUGUCCUAUUUAUUGCACCAGAAGCCAGAUACCAUUAAGGAGGUGGAGAUAUUGCCUGGUAAAAGCCAAUUUUUUAAUGAAAAUAAUAAAAUUAAUAAAAGUAAAAGAAGUGGAGCCGGCGCUACAUAUGUCUACAAACCUACUUGGUGGUGCUUCGAUUUAUUGCAAUUUUUGAGUAAUAGUUCCACAACUAGGAAAAGCUCAUCCAAUUUGAGCUCUCAAGAACAAUCUGAAAAUUCACGAGACAUAGAUGAUUCUGAAGAGUUACCGGACAUUUUUUUUAAUGACAAUCUCGAAGUACUAGAGUCUGAAGACAAUGUUGAAAAUGUUCCAAUAGUUUCAACUCCACAGGCUUUACCGAGUGCUUCACAUUUUCAUGGCGAAUCUAGCUCCCAACCUGGCUAUUCUGAUAAAAGAAAAAAAAGAAAAAUAAAUGACGAAGAAAAACAUCAGUCUACUAUGAGUUUAUUACAACAGGCUUCUUCAUUGCUAGGUCAGGAAACUUCAACGGAAGCACUAGACCAUAUUGGAAAUUUUGCACAGUAUGCUACUACAGGGCCCGCUCUAGGGACGGACGACCCGGACAUUAUUUUGUCUGGGGCCGCAAAAAUAAAAGUCGGCCUUUUUGGUGUGAUAAUGGUUGGAUCAGAAUUGAGGAAUAUCAAGAGCCCUCAAAUUCUUAACAAACUCAAGAGGAGUAUAUCGCAACUGUUGUUCGAUGCACAAGACGAAGAUCAGAAUCAUCAGUUUUAA